UGCUCCCCUCGGUCGCCUUGGAGACGGCCGCCGGGCCAACAUGGCGUCGUCGGUGCGGGCCGGGCCGCGGCUGCGGCGGGCGGUGCAGGCCGGGGAGCUGGCGGCGCUGCCCGCGGGGCUGCGGGGUGAUAUGGAGGCGGCGCUGGCGACAGAAGGAGCGCUGGUGCCUUUUAGCCUGCUGCGGAGGGUGCACGCCGCGCUGCGGGAGGCAGGGUCCCCACUGCACCUACACGAGCUGCUGGAAGGCUGUGAGAUCCACCUGCCCGAAGUGCCGGUGCCGCCGCGGAACCCCGAGCUGGUGGCCCGGCUGGAGCGGAUCAAGGCCAAGCUGGCACACGAGGAGUACCAGCGGAUGACCCGCAACAUCACCGGCCAGGAGAUGAAGGGGCCAUUGGCUGAAUUUGGGAGACAAGUGCGCUCCGUGAAGGCCGUUGUCAUCACCAUAUUCAACUUCAUUGUCACCGUGGUGGCCGCCUUCGCCUGCACCUACCUGGGCAGCCAGUACGUCUUCGCAGAGACGGCAGCGGUGAGCGAGCACGGCCUCCCUGCAGCACACUGUGCUGCCCAGUCCAGAGUGGCACCACGACCGCACACCCAGGGUCACCCCUCUCUCUUUUAUGUCCCCAGCGCGUCCUGUCAGCCGUCAUUGUGGCCUCGGUGGUGGGCUUGGCCGAGCUGUACGUGAUGGUGCGGACCCUCGAAGGGGACCUUGGGAAACUAUGACCAUGAACUGCAGCCUUCGUGCUGGAGGCUUUUUGUCCUCCCCAGGAGCCGUUAAUUUGGGACAGUUUUGUCUUGUCCCAUCUGUUUUUACCUGCUCCUGCUACGGGAAGAUGGCUGCACUCCUCAGGCUCGUCCUUUGCUUCCUGCUCCUGAAAUGAAUUAUGGAUUGAAAAUCCCACAGCUGCAGAACAGGAGAAGGAAUGGCUGUGGACUCUGACCACCCCAGCAUGGAGAGGGGCGUCAGCUCCCACCAUCCCUGUUCUCCUGUGAAGUUCCUGUGCUUGUAUUCUGGAAAUAAAUAACACUGUGUGUUUGUAA